UUCAUACUAUUUUUUUCUUUAAUAAUAAUAAUAUUUUUAAAAAUAUAGUUACAAUUAUAAAUAAUAAAAAUAAAAAAACAUCAUAUUUUUUUUUUUAAAUUUUAAAUCUAAAAAAAAAAAUGUUAAAUAAUAUUUAUAAUAAUAAUAAAAAUAAUAUUAAUAAAAAAAAAAUAUUAAUAGCCAUUUUAUUUAUAUUUUUUAUAUUUUAUUAUAUACUUCAAACUGAAUCGUCACCAUCUUAUUAUAUCAAAGCCAGCACUAAAUCAAAUAGUAAGAAGGCAUCAUCAAAAGACUCAUGGAGUGAUUCACAAUUAACAAGAAAUAUAAAGUAUAAUAUGAUGUUAAAAAAUGCAACCAUCGAUCAAGACCUCUACAAAGUUAAAUGGCACGAUGAAAUCAGACCCUUCAGUGAUAGAGUCAGAAAGUUUAAAAUGAACAACAAUGGUGAAUAUGUAGUAAAUAUAGAUAAGAUCUAUGACCAUCCAGAUAUAGCAAUUAUUUCAUCAAAUCGUCCAAAGCACUUAAACCGUUUAUUACACAACCUCAUUGACAACUGUAAUGCAAACAUCCACAAAAUCUAUGUAUUCGAUGAUGGUUCCUUAGAUGUAUCUUCUAUUAUCAAAGAGCACAACAUUACAAAUUAUCAUAGAUUGUCAAAAUAUGUAAAUACUGUACCAAAACAAGCUUCUGAUGGUAAAGUUGCUGCCAAAACUAACGAAGAAAAACAAUACUAUAUGAAUUCUCAUUAUAAGGAAGUUUUCAGUUUUGUUUUCAAUAACAAGACUUUAGACAAGGUUAUUUUCUUGGAGGAUGAUUUAAUAAUGGCACCUGACUCAUUACAAUACUUUAAACAUCUCAGUAAACUCAUGGAUUAUGAUCCAUCUAUCUUUUCAAUCUCUGCCUGGAACGAUAAUGGCUUUAAAUGGAAUGUUGAUAAUCUCCAAUCAUCCAUCGACAACAAAUUUAGUUUCCGUCGUCAAGAACAUUUUGGUGGUUUAGGUUUCUUAACUAGUCAAAAGGUUUACAAGAGAAAGAUUGAACCAAAGUGGAAAACUGAAACCUCAUUGCCUUGGGAUGUCGUAAUUCAAAGUGCAUUUGGUAAAAGCGAUUCAUCUAUUUAUCCAGAGAUCCCACGUUCUCAUCAUGCUCCUAUAUUAGAACGUGACUACAAUUCAUUGUUCAAUGACUUGCAAGUAGGUGAUGGCUGGGCAAACUAUAAUUUCUAUUUACCAAAGAAUGUAUUGGUCCAUACUUGGUAUAUCGAUAUCAGUAAAUAUUUAUCAUUUGAAUACGAUAGCGAAUUAAAAGAAAAAAUCCACAGAUCAAUUGAACUAGACUCUCUUUUAUCAAUUCCAAUGCUUUUCUCAACAACAAAUUCCUUCUUGAUGUACCUUGGUUCUAAAUCAAAUGAAGACCCAAAAUGGGACAAUAUAAUCAGUAAGCUUCAAAUGAUUGGUAGAGGAAAUGGUGGAGCAGUCAGAGGUAUUUACAAAGGUGUCAUCGAAACCACAUUCCAAGGUAGAAAGCUUUUCAUAGUUGGAACUUAUUCACCAUUCUAUGACAAGAAUCAUCGUAAGCGUAAUCCAAAAAUCUUCUUCAGUGAUUUCAAGGUAGAUCAAUUCGAUUCCACUGUUGAAAGUGCCAAAGCAAAUACCUAUCUUUAUAGAAUGGAAAAAGAUUUAACAUUGGAAAUAACCCUAGCAGAAUCUGGUUUCUCCUGUAAAGAUUUUUGUGAAAAACAUAAAAGGGUUUGCCAAGAAACUGACAUGAUGAUACUUACAGAUCCAACAAUAGUUCAAAUAGAAAUGGAAACUCAUUGUGCAACUGUUAAGGCUGUUGACCAAAAAGAUCAAAAUAUUUAUUAUCCAAUCAAAGAUAAAGAUCGUAAUUGUUUUAUUACAAAAGAGUUUAGCAAAUUAAGUUGUACUUCAAAACUACCAAAAUCAAAAAAUGAUUCUUCAAGAAUUUGUAUCUGUAAAGAUAAACAAGUUUAUUAAAAAAACAUUUCAAAUUUCAAAAUUUCAAAAAAUAAAUAAUAUAUAAUUUAAACAAAUAAUAAUUUUAAUUUAUAAAAAAUUAAUUUAAUUAGGUAUAUAAAAAAAAGAAAGAAAAUAAAAUAUAAUAUGUAAUGUUUAUAUUUCCAUC